AUGUCUAUCUUGACCAGAACAUGUACAUUGGCAGUGGCCAAUAAUCAGGACAAGCUGGCCUUCGAGAAUGGGUCUGUUCUGAAGCAGUUUCUUUCUGAGACAGAGAAAAUGUCCCCGGAAGACAGAGCAAAGUGCUUUGAAAAGAACGAGGCCAUCCAGGCGGCCCACGAUGCCGUGGCACAGGAAGGUCAGUGCCGGGUAGAUGACAAAGUGAACUUCCACUUCAUCCUGUUCAACAACGUGGAGGGCCACCUCUAUGAACUUGAUGGACGAAUGCCUUUUCCCGUGAACCACGGCUCCAGUUCAGAGGACUCCCUGCUGCAGGAUGCUGCCAAGGUCUGCAGAGAAUUCACUGAGCUUGAGCAAGGGGAGGUCCGCUUCUCGGCUGUGGCCCUCUGCAAGGCAGCCUAAUGCCCUCUCGCUGUCUGCGUGAAAAUGCGUACCCCUCCCUGCAGUCGAAAUUGCUUCCGUCCUUGUCAAGCAGCUGUUGUCCUUUUCCGUUCUGUAGAAGCGCACUUCCCCU